UCGAUCAGAUCCUAGAAUCUUGCUUCUGUCUGCAGUUGGCUAGAGGAGAUCUGGGGAGCGGAUGCUAGCAGGAGGGAGCAGGAUGGGACAAAUCUCCUCAAGGGAAAAACGUAUUGUUUUCAUAGUUUAUAUUUAAUAACAGUGCCUGUCAGAACCUCGAUCUUCGUCAAUAUACGCCACCCAGGCUGCUGUGUUUUGAUUCUCAAACGCUCGAAAAAUCUUCAGCUCUAGAUCUCUAACCCUGAAACAUACGAUGUCCGAUGAGCGGUCAGAUCCUUCAGGGCGUGCCCCGUGAAGCCUCCCGCCUGGCUCUGAGAGGGGAAUGGCCCCGGCCCUGACCAAGAUCCUGAAAAAUGACCACGGCAUCCACCUCUCCUCUCCUCCCGCCUCUGUCGCCGUGGACUCGGAUGCGAGCGCCAUCCUGUGCACCGUAGAGCUCGAGCCUCACCUGAGACCGGCAGAUGACGGCGACCUGCAGAAAAUCAGCUUGAACCUUUGCUCGCUCGGCUACCUGGACCCCGUAGACCCCCCAGCGAACCCCAGUCCUUUCGCGUGCGGCCCUGCGUGUCACGGUCAGGGUGAGAUGGUGGCCCGGCCUGCUCCCGGUUUACUCGUCAGCUUGCCCUGCUUCAGUAAAUGCCAGAGGGAAUCUCGUCAAGUGGCCACAGUCUUUCCAGGUGCAACGGACAUGUUUCUAAUCCCUCUUCCAGAGCACAAUAGCCAGGAGGCCUUGCUCCUGCACGGACAAAGCGUUCAGCCUGAAUGCGGGCCAGAUGGUGGUGAUGUGCUCCACUCCUCUCUCAUUUUUCCCAGUGUUUGUCCCUCCUAUUCCCAUGGCGAGCAAGCCUCUCAGAAUCUCACUUCCAUGUAUGCGACCCAGCCCAAGAUGAUGUAUGAGGAAUUAGAGAAGCUCUGUCCUCCUCCUACUGCGGCUCUAAGGCAGUUCGGGACUGGCUUUGUGAACCCCGAGCGGCUGGAAUCUAGAAAUCCGCUGGAGAACGCAGCGAAGGAGCAGCUCUCCCGCCACGCGGAGCUUCAAGGUCGAGCCUGCAGGCUGCAAAGGAGACUUCAAGCCCUGCUGGGCGAGCACGCUUUGAAGCACUGCAGUCAGCAGCUGGAGGGCCUGAAGAAGCACUUCCAGCUCGAAGAUGUUCCUCCUGACGGUCUGGACUCUGCCACGCCGCCACAAAGCUGCAGCAACCCCUGUUUUCCCUGGGAAGAGUCGAUCGCAGCCUCGGCUUUUUUCGCCGAGGUGGCGGAUUUCUGCGAGUCCAACCAGAUGGUUCUCAGAGGCCUGCAGGAAGCCCUGGACUCGGAGGCCACAGGCAGCAGCAGCUCUGACGAUGAGUUAGAGGAAGACAUGCUUUCGCCUUUCAGCAGCAGCAGCAGCAGCAGUGAGAUGCAGUGGCUGGAAGAACGAGCGGAGCUGAGCAGCAGAUGGAUCUGGCUGCAGCUCCGUAUGUCCGAACUGGACGGGAGAAUAGAGCAACUGGUGGAGCUGCACAAGCACAUACGCUCCACCAAGGGCCGGGUGGUUCUUGCGCAAUCCCAGCCGCUGACCGACAGGCAGAUUCAGCAGACCUUGAUGAGAGAAAUGGCCGGCCUCUCCUGCACGGCCUCAGACGCCGACGCGGAGCCCUGCAGUCCCACGCGCCUCCUGUACAACAUCGAGAGACAGAGUGCCCAGCUCAGCCAGAUUGUAAACAGUCUGAUGCUUCCCCUGAGUUUUUCACCUCUCUCUAAACAGUCUUCAAAGGAAAGGGGAACCUUCUCAAGUACUCCUGGAGGAGAUGAUGUUUUUCUAACUGGGAGUGCUAAGGGAAGGAGGCUGAAAGGCAGAAGGCUCUUCAGAGUCGAUGCAUCGUGUGUGUGCGCCCGGACCCGGCCCAUGGUCUCUUGCCACAAACGCAGAUUGUUCUCUGUCACCUCUUGCUACACCACCAGUUCACCGAAAUCAAGAAAGCCCGUAUCUACUCACUUCCCCACGUGUAACUCUUGUGAUUCUGUUUGUUUGUGCUCAAAACCUGGCUGCAGCUGCAGGUCGAGACUUCACCCUUUGGUGCCUCUUUCCUCUGGCGUUACUACAAGCCAUCAUUUUCAGCAAUUCAAAGCCAGAGAAGAAUGGGUUCAGAGACCUUUAAUUAUCAAUUCUAGACUGUCCAACCCACCAAACUAUGGGCGAGUCAGCUCCACACCAAGGCACAAGAGUAGGAAAUGCAAGCAGCAUGUGCGCCGUCAGAAAAGGGGAGUUUUGACUGUGUCACCAAUCAGGUCGCCAGGAUCUGCUUGGAGUCAGCGCAGACGAUCCAAUAAGAGGAAAAGGAAGAGAGGACGGCGCUGCAGGCUGACUAAAGAUGAUCAGGAUGUCUUGUACCAGCUGUGUGAUCUUGGAGACAGUUCAAAUGACAUGCUGGAGGAGAACUAUGGGCAGUUCACGCUCAGCCGGGGCUCACGGGGCUUCCUUCGCAAACACCACAGAGGCCGAGUGUACAACAUCGAUGACAUUGUCAUUCCCGUCAUUCCUCCUCUUUCUAAAGUGGAAAAACUGCAGUACAAAGAUAUCCUGACGCCGAGGUGGCGAGUGGUCGACAUCCAGGGUUUGACUCCUAAAAUGGGAGAGGAGAACCAGAAGAUUGAGGAUCUCUGUGACGAAGUCUUUGCUCGGAGGCACCAGGCUCUGGAGCAGAAGGAGAAACGCCGCUGGACUUCCUGGGAAAAGAGGAAGUGCUGGAGACGUUCGACAAGAUCUGGCAGCAGGCUAUCGAGCAGCGGGGGCGGGAUGUGCACAUCAGGAGACGAGAGCUCAGUGGAGUGGGGUUGUGCUCAGCUGGAUUCUGAUGAGCAGCCGCGGGUGGAGGAGUGGCUGCCUCAGGCACCUUGGGAGUCCCGAGUCUUUCCUCUGGAUGAGCGUGAGGAAGCGACUCUGCUAUCUGAUGAAGUGAAAAUCCCAUCUGGGUGGACAGAAUCAAGCAGCCUUUCCUUCUCUUCAAAGCCUUCCAACUCCCAACUGUCCCCAACUCAGUCAGCCUGCACUACACUGCCCCCUUGUGGACAGAUCAAGAGCUGCGCAUCCAGCGGUAGCUGAGUUUACGGCGAUGACAUCUUCAUAGCUCUCCUUACAUCAGGGACCACAAGCCAAAACAAGUCCACAGGAAACCUUUGCAGGGAUACCGGACACAGUCAAUGCUAAUUUUUCAUUCAGUGUAUUGAUCUGAGUACUUUGAUGCGAUUGUCGUUUUGUAUUGUGAGAUGUGCCACAGCAGUUUUAAAUGACAUCUGCGGCUCUUGCUGCAGUUUUGGGUUUUAAUGUAAAUGUGGGAGCUGUCUGUGUUGUGAUGUAGAGCAGCAGUUUACAGUUGUCACACGCUAUUUAUUCUCAAAGAUGUCUCUUAAAAAUGUACAGAUUUAAAGACCCAAGUAGAUCCAUUUAUUUAUAUAAUCUGAUUGUUUGAUUGUUUUUACAUGUUU